GGACCAGGAGGAGGCGUGAUCUAUUUUGCAGGGGCUUCGCGAUCUCUGCUGGUUGCGAUCCCGUCCCGUUGGUGGUCUCCUCAUGGCUGGCGCGCUGAGGUUGCUUAGUCCAUUCCUCCGCUGGAGAUGCGCGGCUGCAACGAAGCCUCUUUACAACGGGCAGCCUCAGCGGGGUCAUCGCCUCACGCCUUCUGACGAUGAGAUGUACCAGAAGACGACUAUCCACCGCUUGGAAAAAGAAUCCCAUGAAAUCAUGUUUAUUGAAGCUUACAAUGGCUGGGGCUUCACCAUUAAUGGUGACAAAGUAGUAGGGCCUUGUGCCGUCUUGCCACGAGCCAUCCUCCAGUGGAACGUUGGCACUUACAAGGACAUCACAGCUGAGAGUCUUUCCCUAUUCCGCCUGCUGGAACCCAGGAUAGAAAUCGUAGUGGUGGGGACAGGAGAUAAGGUGGAGCGGCUGGAUCCUACUGUCUUGAAGUUAAUGCGGCAAUGCGGGAUUGCUGUAGAAGUCCAGGACACGCCCAAUGCCUGCGCAACCUUCAACUUCUUGACAAGUGAGCGGCGGGUGGCAGCUGCCGGCCUCAUCCCACCGCCUGGUUUCAGACAGCACAGUGAUGUAGCAAUUGGCUGAGACUCCGUGGGAAUGAACAUGGGGAGGAAGAGACCCUGGCAGGCCAGAGGAAAGGGACUCCUGGCCCUUCUGGUUUUCUGCUGCAUUUUUAACUGCCACAGCUAAGGGGCCCCUCAUUCUCGAGGCUGCCAGAAGAGAACUUUGCCAUAUAUUUCUCCAGCGCUGAGUGGUGUAACAUUAGCACUGGAGCAUGAAGUAUAUAGGCCAGAGUGAAGAUGCUGAAUAAACUUGAAGCCACAUAA